AGCUGGUAAUCAGCUGUGAAUUCAUAAAACUUAUUUGGCACCUUAUUCUUUAAUAGAUACGAGAUAUAACAAUAGGGAUGAGUUUUAUAAGGAAUGGACCCAGAAUACUCCUAGCGGCCAUAUUGCCUAGCUUACCUGGCGAUCCAGCACAACAUGACGUUGUGUCUAAAGAUACAAAUACAUACAAGGCGUACUUGCAAAGUAAACCCGAUUUGAAUGAAACCGGAUGGGAACGCCUAAAAGAUAUGUUUAAAGUUGACGAGUUUGGCAGUAUAUCUUCUGAAUUGAACUCCGUCUAUCAGUCAGGUUUCGUUGGCUUUUUAUUUGGCGCAGUAUACGGUGGUGUUAUAAAUUCUCGGACUGCAUAUAUGGACUUCAUGGAAAACAAUCAAGCGACGGCAUUUAAAUCACAUCUCGAUGCCAAACGCAAAUUACAAGAUCAAGUAACAAUGAGUUUCGCUAAAGGUGGUUUCAAAUGGGGUUGGCGUAUUGGUUUGUUCACGACUUCCUAUUUUGGAAUAAUUACUUGUGUUUCUGUAUAUCGUGGAAAGUCUUCCAUUUUCGAAUACAUAGGAGCAGGUUUAAUUACAGGCGGCCUAUAUAAAGUAAAUCUAGGUCUGCGUGGGAUGGUUGCUGGAGGUAUUAUUGGUGGCCUAUUGGGAAGCGUGGCUGGUGCGGCAUCACUCGCACUCUUAUAUGCGUCUGGUACUUCUAUGGAGGAGAUAAGAUAUUGGCAAUAUAAAUGGCGCAUACAACGAGAAGAUAUGGUCCACGAUGCAAUGAAGGCGCAAGUAGACCAUGCUAUGAAAACGCCCAGCAUCUUUAAAAAGCAUGACGAAAAAGUUGGCGAAAAAAUAACUUUGGAUCCCAUCAAAUAAUUAUGAUCAAGAAGUUUCUUUAAAGAAACUAGUAGAGAAUUAAUUUUGUUUUAUUUUGAGUCUUUGUAUAUUUGCUAAAGAUUAUUUCGUUAUAAAUACAUUCGUUACAUUAGACAGCUAGACAUGUAUAGAAGACUUUAUUCUUAUUUGUUAAACAAACAGAGCAAAUAUAAAUUGUUUAACUUCAA